AUGCCUGCUAAAAGUUUACGAUGGGAAACAUUGGAGGCCUUGAAAAACUAUUCAAAAGGAAGACUGAAAUACAACCCAGAUUGGCUCGAAAAGGGGGAGGUAAUGAACUUAACCGUUGGCUAACGUUCUAGCUACUGGUUCAAAGUUAUUGUAUAAGUUGUGUGCUUACUAAAACACAACGUUGGAAGAUGAUCAGGAUAGUUGGCUCAUGACUAGUCUGAUUAAUCUGGCUGUAAUACACAAUUAAUUGGUAUAUACAGUACCAGUCAAAGGUUUUUAUUUAUUUUUACUAUUUUCUACAUUGUAGAAUAAUGGUGAAGACAUCAAAACUAUGAAAUAACAUAUGGAAUCAUGUAGUAACCAAAUAAGUGUUAAACAAAUCGAAAUAGAGGAGCCACCCUUUGCCUUGAUGACAGCUUUGCACACUCUUGGCAUUCUCUCAACCAGCUUCAUGAGGAAUGUUUUUCCAACAGUCUUGAAGGAGAUCCCAGAUAUACUGAGCACUUGUUGGCUGCUUUUCCUUAACUCUGUGGUCGAACUCAUCCCAAACCAUCUCAAUUGGGUUGAGGUCGAGUGAUUGUGGUGGUCAGGUCAUCUGAUACAGCACUCCAACACUCUCCUUGGUCAAAUAGCCCUUACACAGCCUGGAGGUGUGUUUUGGGUCAUUGUCCUGUUUGAAAAACAAAUGAAAGUCCCACUAAGCGCAAACCAGAUGGGAUGGUGUAUCGCUGCAGAAUACUGUGGUAGCCAUGCUGGUUAAGUGUGCCUUGAAGUCUAAAUAAAUCACUGACAGUGUCACCAGCAAAGCACCAUCACACCACCUCCUCCAUGCUUCACGGUGGGAACCACACAUGCGGGGAUCAUUUGUUCACCUACUCUGCAUCUCACAAAGACAGGCCGGUUGGAACCAAAAAUCUCAAAUUUGGACUCAUCAGACCAAAGGACAGAUUUCCACCGGUCUAAUGUCCAUUACUCGUGUUUCUUGGCCCAAGCAAGUCUCUUCUUAUUAUUGGUGUCCUUUAGUAGUGGUUUCUUUGCAGCAAUUUGACCAGGAAGGCCUGAUUCACUCAGUCUCCUCUGAACAGUUGAUGUUGAGAUGUGUCUGUUACUUGAACUCUGUGAAGCAUUUAUUUGGGCUGCAAUCUGAGGUGCAGUUAACUCUAAUUAACUUAUCCUCUGCAGCAGAGGUAACUCUGGGUCUUCCGUUCCUGUGGCAGUCCUCAUGAUGGUUUUUGCGACUGCACUUGAAGAAACUUUCAAAGUUCUUGAAAUGUUCCGUAUUGACUGACCUUCAGGUCUUAAAGUAAUGAUGUACUGUCAUUUCUCUUUGCUUAUUUGAGCUGUUCUUGCCAUAAUAUGGACUUGGGUCUUUUACCACCUUGUCACAACACAACUGAUUGGCUCAAAUGGAUUAAGAAGGAAAGAAAUUCCACAAAUUAACUUUUAACAGGGCACAACUGUUAAUUGAAGUGCAUUCCAGGUGACUACCUCAUGAAGCUUGUUGAGAGAAUGCCAAGAGUGUGCAAAGCUGUCAAAGGCAAAUGGUGGCUACUUUGAAGAAUCUCAAAUAUUAAAUAUAUUUUGAUUUGUUUAACACGUUUUUGGUUACUACAUGAUUCCAUAUGUGUUAUUUCAUAGUUUUGAUGUGUACUAUUAUUUUACAAUGUAGAAAAUAGUAAAAAUAAAGAAAAACCCUGGAAUGAGUAGGUGUGUCCAAACUUUUGACUGGUACUGUACAUCCUGAGACAAAAUUGUGUGGGUAAUCGUGUAAAUGUUCCUUACAAGCCAGAAUUCUGGCAGAAUGUUGAUUCAAAUGACAUUUAAAUGUACUCUACUGGUUGUCUGUGAAGUUUGUACUUCAGCUACUCGAAAUUUGAGACAAAAUAUCCACAGUAAAGUAUUGUUUACCCAACUUUCUAGAGAGCCGGUAGGUAUAUGGUUCAGUUCAGCACAGAUGUAAAGUUAGUUUUACAUUGGCUAUUCAGUUCUCUCAUCAAUAGCUAUUGAACCAAGCAUCGUCUCACCAGAUGGCGUCACUUCAAUCGUACCUCAACCGAUCUGUCUUGUAGGAAGUGGAACUCAUAUUAAAUUUGAAUAUUGAGCAUCCGCCAUUCGCUCUCCAUUAAAUGGGCAGAAUAAAUAGCGAGCUAAAUUAUUACAAACGUUAUGACAGUGAUUUAACCGUUUGUAAUCGUGAGAAAAAAACUAACAAACCGGUGGCUAUCGCUUGCACAAAUUCUGUGCAAGGAUGUUGGUUGCCAGUGCAGUGACUUGAUCAGCUGUGUAGCUAACUGUUGUAGUUAGCUAGCUCUUCCUUCGCUGACAUAAAAAGCUUUCUUAGCCUGUUUUAAUUACCGUGAAGUUGUAGACAAGCUGCCCCGCAAUUAAGAACUGACUGUUAUCAGAAAUCAGUCCGUAGGUCAGCAUGUUUCUCCGUGAUCGUAUCAUGACUUGUGGCAGAAGAACGGCUGCUUCAUGAAAACUCAUAAUGUAAGCAUUAGCACUAGUAACUACUGCAGCUUGCUAGCUAGCUUUUGUUAGAAGAUUCAACAUUGUGUGUUAGCAGCAUCAUUUCAGUCAAAGAUGAUUUCAGUGACUGGCUCAGCUAACAUUAGCGUUAAUGUUGGACACAUUUAUGCUAGCUUUCGUGCCAUAGUCAAACUUCAGAAAUACUGCUCAUUGACCUGCAAUAAUCCUUAGCUAAGUGUCAAAUGGGGCGACUAAGACUUCCUCACCAAAAAAGCAUCAACAUUAUUGACAUUUAUUGUUUUAGCUUAGAUUAAUUCAGAUAGUUUUGAGGCAUAAAUGGGGUUCAGCAGAUGUCACCUAGGUAAUAUCUUUGAAUGUUAGACAGCACAUUGUAGCAGAACUACUUCAGAGCUAUUACAUUACUGCACAGACAACCGGGAGAAUAAGUUAAAAUGUAAUUUUAUUCAACAUUCUGGCUUAUAAGAAACAUUUACAUGAUUUUGCACACAAAUGUCUCAGGCUGUAUAUACCAAUUUAUUGUGUAUUACAGCCUGAUUAAUCAGACUAGCUCAUGACAUGUCUAAGAUUUUUGUUUGCUAGCCAACACUAGAUACAUAUUUGAAAUCAGCCUUUCAUUGGAUGAAAUGUGAUAUAGCUAGCUAGCUUAUUAUGAUCCUUUCUCAUGUCCCCUGCAGGAAAUUUUGUCAGGUUGUAAUGAAGCUCCCAGCUUGUCCCCGCUCUCUGGGCUCAUCCUGAAGAGGCUUAAUGUAAGCCCUCGACCCCUUCAAAAAACCUCUUUGGGCUCUGCUUCCCGUGACCCAAGCCCUGGCCUGUCCGAGGAGGCCCCAGUCUCCUCAACCAGCUCAUUCCCUUCAGCCAAUGAUCAGCCCACUCCCAGGUCGAAGAAGGAAGAGGAGCAGGUAAGUCUCUCGCUCCCAUAUUUUAACUCUCUUUGCACACUAUUUCUGUACAUUCUUAUUAACCUAUUAUAUCACAUUUCUCUUCCUAUCAAUCUGCAGCAGAUUGUUGGUGAUGAAGAAAGUGCCCCAGAUACCAGCGACGAUCUCAGCCCUGUCUCCAACCUCACCAUCUCCCUUCUGUCUCCCAGGGCAACUCAAAUGGCAGGACUUAUACACAUGUGUGAGAAGAAACAUUGUGCCAAGGCCAAGGUUGCAUAGGCUACUUGCUGUUUUUUUCUUAGUUAGCUUGUUCAUGAAUCAACAUAUCACUGUUACAUAUUGUCUCCAACACUGUUUAUUUGCUAUAUAUGUGGGAGCCAUCAUGGCAUUAUGUUAUGCUAGCAUUUCAUACCUAAUCUAGAGCCUUGAAUGUCCUGAUGCAGAUGGAGCUGAGUCUGAGGCAGGAGCUGCAGGAGAUGCUGGGGGUUUCAGUGGCGAGUCGUGAGUCAGAGCAGCUUAAACGCUUUGAGGAGUUGAUGGAGCUGAAGCAGAGGCAUGAGUACCAGAGUUUGAGGGACAUGAUGGACAGAGAGUAAGCACUGCUUGUUUUACCUCAAAAAAAUAAGUGUCCUUUUCACCCACCAAUAUGCUUCUGUCCCUGUGACAGGACUGAAAAUGUGUUACGUGUCAAGAAUCUUCAUUUGCUGCUUGUCUUUCUCUUGUUUAAAAUAACACAAGAAACCCUCGGGCGCCAAGAGAAGUUGAAAGAAGAGCACAAAAACAGAAUAAAGGUAUUGAAAGUUUAACCACUAGAAAUUCAGAAAGCAAAAUGCAAAACAAUCGUGUUCAGAUAAAAAAGAAAAACCUCCUCCACAGAUCCUGAACCUGCGCAUGCGGGAGGCAGAGAAAGGUGGAGGGCAGGGAGAGACUACGUGCUCCCAACGCCAUCCAGGAAGAGAUACUGCAACUCAAUCAGCUCCUGGAGCCGGCCGCACCCACCCACCCAGUCAGACCCCACCCCUGAUCUCACAUCCUAUAGCACCCGUGCCAACCAGCUAUGCUCCCAAGUGUCGGAGGUGGUGCGCACAACAGCUGAGGUCAGUGAGAUCCUAUUCUUCAUUCAUCUAUGGUUGCAUUGAAUGGCCUAAAUUACACUUUCAAUAGACAUUAUAGCACCACAUGUCAAAUGGUGGAACUCUUCCAUCAUGGCUUUUCAUCAGAGUAUGGGGGGAAAGUAAACACCUCCAUUGUUGCUAUCCUGUUUAUGUCCCUGCUCUGGUCAAUAUGUGUAAGUGGCUAUGUGUGCUUGUGUAGGGGGAGUUCUCCAGUGUGGAGGACUUGACGGUGGCAGAGCGGGCACUGCAUGAAAUGAGGUCACUGAUCCGGGUGAUGCAGGAGGCGGCUGCCCAGGCCCAGGAGAAGAGGAAGAAGGAGCAGGGGGAAGAGGAGCGCAGGAAGUUGGCAGAGCUGCAGGCCCAGCAAGAGGAGCAGAAGAAGAAUGCAGCUCUGUCAGCCAAAGAGAAAGCACAGAAGAAGGGUAAGGAGAGGGAGGAUAAAUGGAUGGAUAAAAGGAAAGUCAGGAAUGUUUUUGUUUGGAUACAUAUGGUAUGUACGAAUGAGUGGAAGGUUAGGAAUUGAACAAUCGGUUUAAAAGCACUGUUCUGCCUCCCGAGUGGCGCAGCGGUCUAAGGUACUGCAUCGUAGUGCUUGAGGCAUCACUACAGACCCGAGUUCGUUUCCAGGCUGUGUCACAGCAGGCCGUGACCGGGAGACCCAUGAGGCGGCGCACAAUUGGCCCAGCGUCGUCCGGGUUAGGGGAGGGUUUGGCCUGCCGGGAUGUCCUUGUCCCAUCGCGCUCUAGUGACUCCUUGUGGAGGGCCGGGCGUCUGUAAGCUGACUUCGGUCGCCAGUUGUACAGUGUUUCCUCCGACACAUUGGUGUGGCUGGCUUCCGGGUUAAGCAAGCAGUGUGUCAAGAGCAGUGUGUUUCGGAGGACGCAUGGCUCUCGACCUUCGCCUCUCCCGAGUCCAUACGGGAGUUGCAGUGAUGGGACAAGACUGUAACUACCAAUUGGAUAUCACAGAAUUGGGGAGAAAAAGGGGUAAAAGUAAAAAAAAAUAAAACCCGGUUUUUCCUGCAGACUAAAGCUGAGCAGAGUACUCUAAAGUGGUACCAAGAGCUGCAGGUCUCGGCUAACCAGUGUGCACAGUAUUUUGAAGGCCUGAACAACUCUAAGGAUAUCCAGGUUGGUUGAAACUGCAUGGAUGAGCAAUGCCGUUAUAGGAACAUGCAGUACCCACUUUAUGAUACUACACCUUCACAAUAAAAAUGAAUGGCAACAUUCCUAUUACCUUGUUUUUUUUAUGUUUCAGACAAAGGAGGUAAGAAUGGAGCUCCAGAAGGCAGCCGCCAUCCCUGUCAGCCAGAUCUCAAGUAUCUCAGGUGCGUCUGUGGGUUAUGGAGAGGGAUCAGAGGCUAAUAAUGACACUAAUCUAUGGUACAGUGUAAGAAGGUAAACAUUGCUAUAACAAAUGUGAGAAUGAAAUUGUUUGCGGCAUGUUUGUCAAAUACCCAGGUUGCAAGCUCAGUGACAUUUUUGACAAGAUUGACAAGCUGUUGUCUGGGCGAUUGGUGGUGUCCGGAGGGAAGUCAGUCUCCACCUCCCAGCAUCCCAACGGCAUGGACUUUGUCAGCUACAAACUGGCAGAGAAGUUUGUGGUGAGUUCACAUGACCUUGAAUUUGAACUGGUGGAGACACAGGACUAUUGGUCUGUAUUGUCUCUUUACAAUCCAAUACGUCUUCCAUACAGUGCCUAAUGUUAUGUUCUAUAAUUCCUUUGUCAUACGAAUAAAAGAGAUUGUAGUGUCUUGUUUUCAUAGGUCUCUUAAAUGCUUCCUUGUCAAUGUGUGUCUCCAGAAACAGGGAGAGGAGGAGGUGUCGUCCCACCACGAGGCAGCCUUCCCCAUCGCUGUGGUGGCCUCUGGGGUGUGGGAGCUCUCAUCCUCGCCCACCUUCACAAGAAGUGCCCCACUACCCACCUAUGAAGGAUGGCACAGUCAGUGAGGCAUCACUGUUUUGCAAUGCAUCUGGAACUAACUAAUGAAACAAAAAUUGAAGUAAUUCCAUGACUUUGGUUUGAAAACACCUAUGCUGCAUUUCAAGUGUGUUGCUUCCACGAUCUUAACAAGAGGUUAGUUUCUCUGUCUGAAGUGUUGUUCUGUGUCCCAUCAGAAUCUUAGGCUACCGUGUGGAAGACGGAGGGGUGGAGGUUCAGGACAGCUUUUUGAAGAGGUGGUCAGGAAUGAUCCGCCUCUAUGCUGCUAUCAUACAGCUCAGAUGGCCUUAUGUCUCCAAGCAGGGGGUAUGAGCAAUCUUACAGUAUUUACCUAACGGAUGCUAAUAUCACCCCGUUUUGUAUAAUGUUAUUAGGCUGACCAUAUUAUCAUCAUUAUUCCUCUUUGUGUCCACCCCUCCAGCCUGACCCACAUGGGAUGAACCACAGCUGGCGCUGGCUGGCUCAGAUGCUGAACAUGGCACCCCUGGCAGACGUCACGGCAACACUCCUUUUUGACUUCCUAGAGGUGAUUAAGUCAAGUCUGACACCUCUCCAAAGACUGUCUCUGGAUUAGACAUUUUAAUGUAGGUCACUGAUGUUCUGUCUUCCCUUAAGUCUGUGGCAACGCCCUGAUGAAGCAGUAUCAGGUUCAGUUUUGGAAGCUCAUUCUGUUAAUCAAAGAGGAGUUCUUGCCAAGGUACAAUCACCACUCUCAGCAGUUCAGUUUUACAUUGAAACAAAAUAUAAUCUGGUGUAGCAUUGUGGUACAGUUUACCUUAGACACUCUUUCAAUACUCAGAUCUCAUGUUUUCAUUUCUUCUCUCUCAGGAUUGAAGCUUUCACCAGCCAAGGCCAGACGGGCUCAGUCACAAGGUUGAAGUAGUUCCUGGAUGUGAGUGAGCUGCAAGGCUUGUGAAACUGACCAAGCAGACAAGGCCUAGGUUUGGGGUUUGAGAAGUCAAUGAGGGAAGUGACAAAUUCUUCCUUAGUUAAUAUUCUCGAAAUCUAAAGGCAACCUAGAUUCGAGUCAAUGUCUUAAGUAGUUGAACAUGUUAUUAAUCCAACCUGGUGAAAGUGACAAACUGACAAAAACAACUUUAUAUCGAAGGAGUGCCUUUGAUUUGAUGGCCUGGACAUGCGCAGUUCGGCGCGACCGUUAGACCCGAUUCCAUGUUUCUGCGUAUGAGCUAAGAUCACCAUGACAUCGCCUACAAGCGUGAUCAGGGAAUUCUAUUGGAGAAGCACUUUCUGACUAUCUUCAUACUGUACUGUCUUUGGUAUUGUGCACCAUUUGUGAACUGACACUGCACUCUUUAAAACCUACUGAACUCUGUUACAAUUGGUCAAAGUGAUCGUGUUUUAUUUUUAUCUUCCUAUCAGAGUUCAUUAAGAAGCAAGCAUAUCCCUCCCCCCAAAGGCCAGCUGAGCUCCCACUUCUGGAGAUCCUAA